GGUAUGCCUAUAGCUCCAUAUUAUUAUCAAUUCUCAGCCAAAAUAAUGGGUAUGAAUUAUAUAUUUAUAAAAAUAUUGGUAAUAUUAUUAUUAAUAUUAUUGGAUAAAAAUGGUGUUAAUGGAGAAGAAAAUGUGCCAUGUUUUUUCAUAUUUGGAGAUUCUUUAGUUGACAAUGGAAAUAACAACAGACUUCCAACCUCUGCAAAAGUUAAUUAUAAGCCUUAUGGCAUUGAUUUAUUAUCAUCUCCUGAUCCAACUGGAAGAUUUUCCAAUGGUCUCACUCCUGUUGACAUACUUGGUGAACUUUUAGGGUUUGAGGAGUUGAUACCACCAUUUUCGAGUGCAAGUGGAGAUAUGAUACUAAAAGGUGUAAAUUAUGCAUCUGGUGCAGCAGGAAUUCGCCAAGAAUCAGGCCAACAUUUGGGGGCACGUGUGAGCUUGGAUAAACAAUUAUGGAACCAUCAAAUAACAAUUUUACGUAUGAAUCACAUUCUUAAUAAUAAAAAAUAUGAUAAUUAUAAUUAUAAUUAUAAAUCAUCAACAAAAGAUUACUUAGAAAAAUGUUUGUAUUAUGUUGGAAUGGGAAGUAAUGAUUACCUUAACAAUUAUUUCUUACCUAAAAUUUACUCUUCAAGUCAUAUUUAUACACCUCAACAAUAUGCUUCUCUCCUCAUCGAUCAAUAUCAAAAACAAAUUCAGAGAUUGUAUAGUUAUGGUGCAAGGAAGGUUGCCCUAAUUGGAUUGGGACCCAUUGGUUGCAUCCCCUAUGCAAUGAAAUCAUUUGGGGCAAAAAAUGGAUCAAUUUGUGUUGAUGAAGUGAAUGAAGCUAUUCAAUUAUUCAACCAAAAGCUUAUAUCACUUGUUGACAAUUUCAACAACAAAUUCAAUGAUUCAGCAAAGUUCAUUUAUGUCAACUCUUUUGGAAUAGGCUCUGGGGAUCCCACUGCUGCUGGGUUCAAGUUUUUGAACACAAGUUGUUGCCCAACAAAUAAUAUUGGGCAAUGUAUACCAAAUGGGAAAGUUUGUGAAAAGAGAGAAUUAUAUGUGUUUUGGGAUGAUAUUCACCCAACUCAAGCUGUCAAUGGAUUCACUGCAAAUAGAUCCUAUAAUGCUUUUCUUCCUUCUGAUACUUAUCCCAUUGAUAUUAAACAACUUGUUGCUUUACAACUCUAAUUACUUAAUUAAUUAAAUUAAUACAUAUAUAAUUAAGGUGUAUGCAUGUCAAUUAUACAAUCAAUAAAAUAUUGAGAAAGAAAAUAAGGUUGAUCAUUUG